AUGUUUCUGUCUCUUCCUACAUUGACUUUCCUUACUCCAUUGGCCUCUCUAGCAGGACUAUUCUCAGCCUUCAUGGAAGAAAACUUCCCACUGGGCUGCACCUGCUCAACCAGCCUGUGCUUUCACAGUCUGCCUAUUAGCAUACCAGUUUCUCAGUUCUUCCACCUUUGGACUUGGAUGGGUAUUAAAUGCUUCAGGCAUAAUUAA